UGCAGGGAAUAACCGUUUGUGCGCAUAUUAAGAACUUACGUACAGUAACAAGAUAUCAUGUAGCUGUUAGUUUUGCAUGAAGCAAACGUAUAAAACUUAUUUGCAUUUUGCUAAAAAUAUAUGACAAUAUUUGUGUACUCUUUCAAUAUUGUCUUUAAGUACGGGAUAGAAAGUUUACAAGCUUAUCCCUUAAAAAUGGCUUCCACAUCGAAAAGCACGAUGUCAACUGAAUCUUCGAUUCCUAAACCAAACAUAUCUCAGAUAAAGAACAAACAAAUGCGGCAAGAACUGUACCGGAAGAUGAAGCAAGAAAAGAGAAAGGAAAAACUUAAAGAGAAGAAAAGGAAAAUGAAAGAAGCAAAAGAAACUGGAGUAGAGGUUCCAAAACAGACCCCAAAGACAAUUGAGAACAUGAGAGUGCCAGAUGAGACAAUGGUAAACCAAGAAGAUGAAGAGGUUCAGCUAGACGAGGCCCAGGAUGAAAUGUCGUCAUAUUUCAACAGGGAGACUACACCCAAAAUUCUACUCACAACUUGUGAUAGACCAGGGCCGAGAACCAAUAAAUUCUGCAAAGAAUUGAAGAAGUUGAUACCAAACACAGAGUUGUUAUACAGACGAGGUCUAGACCUGAAGAAAAUCAUACCACAGGCAUUGUCUAGAAACUUUACAGAUCUUAUAGUGGUCAAUGAAGACAGAAAAAUACCUAAUGGCCUUGUGAUAUCUCAUCUACCAGAUGGACCCACAGCACACUUCAAGGUAUCAAAUGUAAAGUUAACUACAGAGAUAAAGAAUGCAGGUAAACUAUCUAGUCAUCAACCAGAGGUCAUACUUAACAACUUUAAUACUCGUCUUGGAACUACAGUUGGUAGAAUGUUGGCAUCAGUGUUUCCACAUGACCCUGCAUUUGAAGGUCGUCGUGCUGUAACUUUCCACAACCAGAGAGAUUUUAUCUUCGUUAGACACCAUAGAUAUGUAUUCCGUAAUGCAAAGCGAGUUGGCUUACAGGAACUAGGACCAAGGUUUACUAUGAAACUACGAACAUUACAGAAAGGAAGCUUUGAUUCAAAGUUUGGAGAGUAUGAGUUUAUACACAAGCGCCAUGAAAUGGAUACAAGUAGACGAAAGUUCUUCCUUUAGGAGACAGUAUACAAGCUGCUUGUUUGUUAUGUGUUGUAAUGCAGAUUGGAUUGUAAAUAAAGUAACAUGACUCCUAA